UACGAAAAACAAGACGUAUAAUUUCAAACGUAAUUAUAAUUGUUGGAAAUUUUUUUUAUUUAAAAUUUUUGAAUGAUUUUUAAUUAAUAAAAAAAAAUAUGGCCAAUAAUGAAAAAAUUGAAUUUACCGUGGGAAAAAGAGCGUUUUUUUUACAGUUUCUUUCCAUUCUCAGUGGAUAUAGUAUGAUGUUAGAUAUGGGAGCACAAUCAGGAUGGCCCUCACCUGCCCUACCAUAUUUAAAAAGUGAAAAUUCCAAAUUUUUCCUAUCAAAAGCAACAAGUGCAUGGCUAGUGUCAAUAAUUAAUAUAUCAGGAAUAAUUGGAACAAUAACAGCAACAUUUCUUAUGAAUCGAAUUGGAAGACGAUUGACAUUAUUAAUUUUUGCUCUCUUACAAUUAAUAUCAUGGAUAUUAGUUUAUUUUGCCGAAAAUUUACAAUAUUUAUUUAUAGCAAGAUUUUUCGUUGGAUUAAGUUCAGGUGGACCAUUUGUAACGUUACCCGUUUAUAUUGGUGAAAUUUCACAUAAAAAUUAUCGUGGUACAUUAUUAUCGUUGGAUAAAUUAUUUUUGAGUAUUGGCACAUUUUUUAUUAAUGUUCUUGGUUUAUUGCCAUAUAGAACAAUGAAUUUAAUAAUGAUAUUGGUGCCAAUUUUAUCAUUAUGUUUAUUUUCAUUAAUGCACGAGACACCAUAUUAUUUAUUGAUGAAAAAUCGUGAUGAUGAAGCAAUAGAAACAUUAAUGAAAUUAUUGGGUGUGAAAAAAAGGGAAUUGAUAAUAAAAGAUAUUGAGAGAAUGAAAAAUUCUGUGAUUGAAUAUAGAAAAUGUGAAAAAAAUAGUAUUUAUCAAGUUUUUCGUGAUAAAGGUAGUCGACGUGGAUUAAUAAGUUUUAUUAUUGCUGAAUUGACAUUUGUUUUUUCGGGUAUUAUUGCAAUACACGCGUAUGCACAAGAAAUUUUUAGUUACAGUGAAUCAACAUUGAGACCUGUUUAUGCAUCAAUGAUUAUGUCUGGAGUGCAAAUAAUUGCUGGAUUUCCUUCAUCUCGAUUUAGUGAUAAAUUAGGAAGAAGACCAAUUUAUUUGAUUUCGGGAUUAACAACAGCAUUGACAUUAGGAAUUGUUGGAUUAUUUUUCUUCUUAAAAUAUUUUUUGUUAAUGAACGUUUCUAAAAUUACUUGGCUACCAUUGAUUGGUUUAAUUUUAUAUCAAUUCACAUGUAAUAUUGGUAUUACAACGAUACCAUUUGUUUAUUCCGGUGAAUUAUUUUCAAUUAAAGUAAAAGGUGUGGCAAUUAUGUUUUGUGCAAUUAUUGGUUCGGUGGGAUCAUUUUUAACAAAAAUGAUGAUUCCAUUUGUUAAUGAUUUUGCUGGAAUUUAUACGACAUUUUGGAUAUUUGCCUCUGCUUGUGUUAUUGGACCAAUUUUACUUGUUGUAAUUACACCUGAAACAAAGGGAAAAACACUCGAAGAAGUAUUAGAAUUGAUGAGAGAAAAAAAUAAGAUGAGAAACAAAAAGGAAAAAUGUUUUGUUACGUAGAAAUUAAUAAUUAAUAAUUAAUUAUUAGUAUUUAAUUCUAAAAAUAAAUUAUAUUAGGAAAAAGUAUAUUUGGAAAUAAAAAAAAAUCAAUAUUUGGAAAUCAUGGAAUUUUGAUAAUUUAAUUGAUUUUUUCGCAAGUAAAUUUUUAAUAUCUAAAAUUUUGUCAUCAUAAUUCACAUGCGAAUUAUCUUAUAUUUUUUCAAUUAAGAUAUAUAUUUAAAUGCAGAUUGGUAGAAAAUAAUAUCAACAUAAAUACUUGUAGCAAUGUCUCCAAAGGUUGUGACAUAAGACAAAUCUUGCCUAAAUGAUAACAGUUUUAUUUCUACGUGUCAUUUACUUUAGUAAGACGAAAAAAAGCACAUACUCUCUUUGAUUCACACAAAAUAAAAGUAUACAAAAAAAAAAAAUUUCUAAUAAAAUUUAAAAGUGAAA